CCCCCACAUCCUGUCACGUUACUUUACGUAAACUCUUCUUCUUCAAAAUCAACAACAUGGACACGAAACUGAGAGCAUUAAAAGUUCAAGAACUAAAAGAAAUCCUUUCAAAGGCUUCUAUACCUCCAGGAAAUGCAAAAAAGCAGGACCUCAUCAAUAAAAUUUUAGCAAACCCUCCUGCCUAUAGACCACCACCUCCAUCUACUGAUGAUGAUCUCCUCGCUCCUCCAGAAGAAAUCGACUGGAUGGUAGAAGAGUCCAUUACAGUAGAACCUGCAUCUCCGCCCAAGACAUCUGAACAGCCCCUUCCAUCACCUGUACCAGCCGCUGCCGCUCUACCCGCACCCGCACCUGCCGUGCAGUCAGAAGAGGAUAAACGCAAAGCUCGUGCAGCUCGUUUCGGUACGACGUAUGUUGAACCCGUUCAGAAGCAACCGAAAAAGGCUGGGGAGAAUCCCGACGUACUCAAGGCCCGAACAGAGCGGUUUGGAACUGUCGCUCCCGUUACCAAGGGUAGAGGAAAGCGCACAGCACCUGUCGAAAAUGUUGAUUCUGAGGAACAAGAGCGUAGGAGGAAACGCGCAGAACGGUUUGGUUUGCCACUAUCCGGCAAGGCGUAAGUAUUGUUGGACUUGUUAUUCUUGAACAGUUUUUAUUUAUUCUCACUGUUGUUGUUCAUGUAUAUAAGCGCAUAUCUUUUUGGAGUGUAUCAUGUAGACGGCUUAAAGUUGUAUUCGAGAAUACUCACUGUUAUUCUGCUGU